AUUUUGCCACGAUUUUCUUGAGUGGUUCAUGGUUUGUGAAAGUAAAUCACACAAUUUGUCAACUUCUUGAAUACCUGUGGACCGACUUCGCACUUUCUCUUUCUUUCCUCCAACUUUCUUGGCAACAAAAUCAGAUCAAUUUACAAUGGAAAUUGCGACUGCGCACAAGUUCAAUUCCAUUCGUUUGCUUUCACAACUAUCCAAUCCAGGUUAUGUGUUCCUCAACUUUCUGCAAUACCCACACCGGAAUUCGAAACUUGAUUGACCAAAUCAACUCUUGUUCUUUACUUAGGGUUCCUAAAUCCGUUUUCCCCAUUUGGUUUUAUCGAUUCUAUUUCGAUUUCGAUUUCUAUGUGUGUCAAGUUUCUAUCACAUUCAAAUGAUUUCUCAAUCAUCAUCUGCAAGCUUUGAUUUUUCCAAGAUUUUAUGGAUGUCAUCAUCACCCAUUUGCCCAUGUCAGAAUACAAUCCAAUUGAGUUCGAGUACGAGAACAAGAACAAAAAUCAAAACCUCCAUUUGUAGAACAAAAGUUUCAAGGAGAAGAAAAACGGGACUGGUUUGGGCUUGUAUGGUUCCCAUCGAUGGAAAGAAUCAAAAUUUGAAAAGUUUCGCAGAAAAUCAAAUUUCAAAUGAAUUAGAUAAAGCUGGUGAAUCUUCGUCUCACGAUUCCGUUCAAUCGAGUUAUUCCAACGACUUCACUGGAUUUACAGAAGACCCCAUUGUAGGUAAACUAAGAUCUCAACUUGGGCUCAUACACCCUCUCCCUUUUCCUCCUCUCAAUCGAAACAUCGGUGGACUGUUUCUCUUCUUUUUUGUUUUUGGGAUUCUCUUCGAUAAGCUUUGGACAUCAAGAAAACGAAAGAACAACGAUGAGGUCGGGAAUCCGGCAACAUGGCCACAAGUUCCCACAAGUUUUUCACUGUUUCUCGAGAAGGAUUUACAGAGGAAGGAAUCAGUCGAGUGGGUAAACAUGGUGUUAAGCAAGCUAUGGAAGGUUUACAGAGGUGGACUCGAAAAUUGGGUCAUCGGUUUACUUCAACCCGUUAUUGACGACCUAAAAAAACCCGAUUAUGUGAAAAGAGUUGAAAUCAAGCAGUUUUCUCUUGGGAACGAGCCUUUUGUAGUUAGAAACGUUGAACGCAGAACUUCACGCAGCAACAAUGAUUUACAGUAUCAAAUAGGUCUUCGUUACACUGGUGGUGCUCGAAUGCUUCUAAUGUUGACACUAAAAUUUGGGAUUAUUCCAAUUAAAGUUCCUGUUGGCAUUAGAGAUUUUGAUAUUGAUGGUGAACUUUGGGUUAAAUUGCGAUUAAUUCCAUCUGAGCCUUGGGUUGGAGCUGUUUCAUGGGCUUUUGUGUCACUUCCCAAAAUAAAGUUUGAAUUGUCACCAUUUCGGUUGUUUAAUCUUAUGGCUAUCCCUGUACUUUCAAUGUUUUUGAAAAAGCUAUUAACAGAAGAUUUGCCUCUACUAUUUGUGCGACCUAAGAAGAUUGUGUUAGACUUUCAAAAGGGGAAAGCAGUGGGCCCAUUACAAAACGAUUUCAAGUCGGGUGAAAUGCAAGAAGGAAACAAGGAUUUUUCUGGUGAACUUUCAGUCACUCUUGUUGAUGCCCGGAAGCUCUCUUAUGUCUUUUAUGGAAAAACGGAUCCGUAUGUUGAAUUAAGACUAGGAGAUCAAGUGAUACACAGUAAAAAGAAUAGUAGGACAACUGUGAUUGGGCCCCCUGGCCAGCCUAUAUGGAACCAGGAUUUCAGUAUGCUAGUUACAAAUCCAAGAAAAGAGAAACUAACAAUUCAAGUGAAGGAUUCUUUUGGAUUUAUACAUUUGACAGUUGGUUCAGGCGAGGUUGACUUGGGAUUGUUAAAAGAUACAGUUCCAACAGACAGAAUUGUGACUCUCCAAGGAGGCUGGGGGAUGUUGAACAAGGGAUCUGCUGGUGAGAUCCUACUGAGACUCACAUAUAAAGCCUAUGUUGAAGAUGAAGAAGAUGAAAAGAUCAAUGGAUUAGAUGAUGAGUUCCAGGAAUUAAAGUCAACUGGCACUACAUACAAUCCUUCCCCACGUGGGACAGAAAGAGAAUCACUCAUUGAUGUUUUAGCAGCCUUGAUUGCGAGUGAAGAGUUUCAAGGAAUCGUGGCUUCCGAAACAGCAAUGAGUAAAUCUUCCAUUGAUACGUCGGAUUCGGUGAUUCCUGACUUAGUUUCUUCACCCAAUUCUGAGACUGAUUCCGGAGGAUCAGCCUUAUUAUGGCUUGGUGUGAUCACGAUCAUGACAAUAGUAACAGCUAUUAACAUGGGUGGCUCAAAUAUCUUCAAUCCUUGAUGUAAUCAAGUAAUCCUUGGGGGGAAUGGAAUCUCAUUGAGCAAAGAAAUGUUCAUUCAGUGAAUGGAAUGUGUUUGGACUUUGGACAUGAUGAGUUUUUUUUAUAAGGAACAACCAUAGAAGAUUGUUUUGUAGAAAGUAGAGAGGGAAGGAGGAGUAGAUAAACCGGUGGAUGGUGCUUAUGUAUGUGAGGUCAUCUUCAACCAAACACCAAA